AUGCCUUGUUGUUCAGUAACAGAAAUAUCGAAAUGCAUCGUGUACCCGGAGAAGAGGUCCACCGUUGCCGAUCUCCGGCUCUCCGUCUCUGAUCUUCCUAUGCUCUCAUGUCACUACAUUCAAAAAGGCGUCCUCCUCACCCGCCCUCCUCCUUCCUUCUCCUUCGACGACCUCGUCUCUUCUCUCCGCCGUUCUCUUUCCUCAGCUCUCUCCCUCUUCCCUCCUUUAGCCGGCCGUUUCUACACCAGCCCCGCCGGUCACAUUUACAUCACCUGCAACGACGCCGGAGCUGAUUUUGUAGCUGCUUCCGCCAAACACGUCACGGUCUCCGACGUUAUCUCUCCCGGUAAAGACGUCCCUCUCCUGGUCCGCGAGUUUUUCGUAUUCGAGCGUCUCGUUAGCUAUAACGGCCACCAUAAGCCUCUAGCUGCGGUCAAAGUGACGGAGCUAGAGGAUGGUGUAUUCGUGGGCUGCACCGUUAAUCACAGCGUUACAGAUGGAAAUUCCUUCUGGCAUUUCUUCAACACCUUCGCUGACUUCACCAGCGGCGCUUGCAAGAUCAAUCACCUUCCUGAUUUCUCCCGCCACACCGUCUUCGACUCCCCCGUGGCUCUACCUGUCCCUCCCGGUGGUCCACGUGUUACCUUCGACGCCGAUCAGCCUAUCAGGGAGAGAAUUUUCCAUUUCAGCAGGGAAGCCAUUUCGAAACUCAAACAGAGGACUAACAGCAAAGUUAACGACGGGAUAAAAUCUAACGGUAACGGAGAGGUUAUAACGGAAGCGAAAAAGAAGAAUUACGAUCGAACGGCUGAGAUUUCAUCGUUCCAGUCACUCAGUGCCCAGCUAUGGCGAUCCGUUACGCGAGCAAGGAACCUCGACCCGAGCAUGACGACGACGUUUAGGAUGGCGGUUAACUGCCGCCACAGGCUCGAGCCUAAGAUGGAUCCUUACUACUUCGGAAACGCGAUACAGAGCAUACCUACGAUGACGACCGCGGGAGAUCUGCUGGGAAAUGAUCUCCGAUGGUCCGCCGAUCAACUUCACAGGAACGUGGUGGCGCACGACGACGCGACGGUCCGCCGCGGGAUAGCCGAUUGGGAGAGUAAUCCGAGGCUGUUCCCUCUGGGAAAUCCAGACGGAGCUUCCAUCACGAUGGGGAGCUCGCCGAGAUUCCCAAUGUACAACAACGAUUUCGGAUGGGGAAAGCCGUUAGCGGUGAGGAGUGGUGGAGCGAACAAAUUCGACGGGAAGAUCUCGGCGUUUCCGGGAAGAGAAGGGAACGGAAGCGUAGAUUUGGAAGUGGUUUUGGCGCCGGAAACAAUGGCAGGGAUUGAGAAGGAUACCGAGUUUAUGCAAUACGUAUCUGAAGUCUGUUACUACGACUGUUGAUGGAAACAGAGACGUUGUUUCCGACACACUGAGAAAUAAAUAUAUGUAUGUAAGCCGAUUAGAAGAACUUUUGAACGGUUGAGGUUAUCACUGGUCACGUUCCCUACUUAUAUGUGUGAGAACCCAAUGUAUGUAUAUGAUGAUAUGAUGAAAGUUAUCCGUCGUCUUUUAAAAUUCGAUGAUGUAACUAACUUUUCUGUGAAGGAUAAAAAGAGAAACGGUAAAUGAUUGAAGAAGAUGGUUUCAUUAGAGAUAUCAUCGCCAGAUCCGUACUGUAAGGAGAUCUAAACAAAAUCAUCUCUCGUUGUUUUGGAUCUCCCUGCAAGACGAUGAGAGCUAUAAUGAAUGCCAUCAUAUCUUCUUCAGUUAACUCCGAUAUCGCUUGGUGGAGGAAGAGCCAAAAGUACAUUGUAACAAAAGGCCCAAAGGCCUCUUACAGAAAUAAAUGGGCCUGUCUAACUCGUGUUCGUAAUCGGUUGGUUCAGCGAUCGAAUAAACAUUUG